AUGCGGCAUGCUCCCGAGAUUGUCGAUGUUCGACCCCAUGACAAGUCCUCCUUAGCUUCCGGUGGUUCCGAUGCUGCAAGUGACAUCCAAUCGCAGAUCAUUAGAGGACUAGUGGCUGAUGAGAAGACCUUGCCUACUAUGAUUCUCUACGACGAACACGGCUUGAGGCUAUACGAUGAUAUCACUACUAAGGCACCAGAAUAUUAUCUGUUUGGUGCGGAGGAGCAAAUUCUCCAAGACCACGCAGGUCAAAUAGUGGACGGCAUGCACCAGCACACUGGAGGUGUUGUUUCAGGAGAGGUCGUACUUGAACUCGGAGCUGGCUCAUUGCGCAAGACUUCCCACAUUCUACAUGCGCUUACCAAUCUCGUUCCUGUCGUUCCACCUGUCGUCCCCAUAACAUACUACGCGCUCGAUCUCGAAGAACGUGAGCUCAGGCGCACUUUGAUGGAGCUUCGCGAGUCUGCAGUUGGUUCUAUUCUUGUCGGCAAAGUCGAGGCGCAAGGCAUGCUUGGAACGUAUGAUGCUGGACUCAAAUUCAUCGAGGAAGGUGGUCUUCAACAAUCUAGAUUUACGGACGGCGCUUUGCCACUUUCGUUGGGGUCCUACAGGCUCGACAGCACUCGCCGAGACUCCUCUCCAACCUCGACAGGAUCUUCUUUUCCCGAUUCGUCAGACACUGAGAUAACAUCUCCGUCUACACCAGGCAAUAACCGGACCCCCUUACAUUUGCUCUUCCUCGGCUCCUCGCUAGGCAACUUCAAGCGCGGAGAAGACGCCAAGUUUCUGCGGGCGUUACCAUUGGAGCCCGGCAAAGAUACCCUUCUUCUCGGCUUGGAUCAUGAUAAUGAUCGCAAAGAUAUUGAACUAGCGUACAAUGACCCUCGGGGUCACACUCGUGAUUUCAUAUUGAAUGGGUUGAAGGCCGCUGGGAGAGCACUCGGAGACGAGUCAAUGUUCGCGGAACAAAAUUGGGAAUACUGUUGUCAUGAAGCGUACUAUAGGUGUACCCACACGCAUGACAUUAACCCCUCAAUGGCGCCCAAGCCGAUUCAAUUUUUGGAGGGUGAACUUGUCAAAAUGGAAAUCUCGCACAAAUAUUCGGAAAGUGACACAUACACGCUAUUUACCGAGGCCAAUCUGCGGCCCAUUCAGCGAUGGACAGACAAUACGCAACGUUAUUCACUCUGGCUGUUAGAACGUCCGCCAUUCGUAUUUCCGUUACUUGACUCGCCAUCGGCGGUGUCUAGCCACACUGCCAAAUUCGGUAUUCCCUCGAUAAAGGACUGGAGCAACAUGUGGACUGUUUGGGACUUCGUCACACAGCGGAUGAUACCUCCUGCAAUGCUAUUUCAGAAGCCGAUUGAUUUGAGACACAUCUGUCUGUUCUAUCUCGGUCACAUCCCAACCUUUCUUGACAUCCAUUUAUCUCGUCUUCUUGACCAACCUCACACCGAACCUCAGGAAUUCAAGAGAGGCAUUGACCCCAAUGUUGACGACCCGACCCAAUGCCAUCCUCAUUCAGUGGUUCCCACGAACGAUGACGAUUGGCCCUCACUCCAUAGUAUUUUGGCCUUCCAAAUACGUGUCAGGGAGCGCCUUAGAAAGGUUUACAACGAUAUUGCUGAAGGCAAGAUUUCCUUGACUAGGAAAGUAGCUCGCGUCCUAUUCAUGACGUUCGAGCAUGAAGGUUUUCAUGUCGAGACGCUCUUGUAUAUGCUAGUUCAGCGCGCAGGGACGGGAACGAUUCCUCCACCCGACUUUUCUCCUCCCCACUGGGAGUCUCUUGUAGUGCAGUGGCAAGCAGCACCCAAACCUGAUGCCCUGCAACUGUUACGCUUGGCAUUAACGACAGUCGAAGCAGAAGACACCGAUCCUGCGAAACGCUGCGAUUUCGCUGACCACAGCUUUGGGUGGGACAAUGAAAGCCCAAGUCGACAGGCCGAAGUCAGGGCGUUCCGUAUUGAGUGGCGGCCCGUGACGAAUGGGGACUUUUAUGAGUUUUACAAGGGUGCCGGGCAAGGAAGAGUCGAAUUCCCUGCCAGUUGGGAGGAUCGCAAUGGAGAAACCUGUGUGCGGACGCUAUAUGGUCCAAUUUCCAUAAAGAUCGCCUGGGACUGGCCAAUCCUUACUUGCUACGAGAAUCUUUCAGUGUAUGCGAGUGUGAAAGGCGGACGCAUCCCGACUGAACCGGAAUUGAGACUCUUCCUUGACAAAUUCUCUUCUAGGUAUGAAGGGGGUGCCAACGUCGGAUUCAGGAACUGGCAUCCUGUCCCGGCUACUACCGGCGGAGGCAAGCACGGUGGGAAGGGGCAUAAUGGAGGGGUGUGGGAGUGGACUUCCACUGUCUUUGACAAAUAUGAUGGCUUUGUACCAUCGACGUUGUAUCCGGGGUAUUCCGCUGAUUUCUUCGAUGAAUCUCAUCAAGUGGUUAUUGGAGGGUCAUACGCCACCAUUCCCCGUAUCUCUGAAAGAAGGAGUGUACGCAACUGGUACCAACGGAACUACCCCUACUGUUGGUCGAGCGCAAGAAUUGCUUACGACGUGUAA